AUGAGGCCGAUCGCGUUGGGCUUCCAGAUCCCAUCGCUGAGAGAUGCGUGUGUAGCGAACACGGCCGCGUGGACGCUGGCGGUACCUUACCCGGUUGGCAAGUCCACCUUGCAGGUCAGUGGCAUUCACGCGCGACUUGUGCCGGUGAAGCCAUCCACUUCCAAGAGCAACGGCGUCGUCAAACAUGGGCAGCAGCAGCAGCAGCGGCAGCUGCCGCACAGAAAGGGUCUGCCGUCGUCUCUGCCUCCUGGCGAUGCACUGAUGGCUGAUAUCGUUGUGCAUGCGCACGUUCGCGGGGAGCUGAACAGCGCGCCGCGGUCGUACGUCGUCGCUGUGAUUCCGCUGCGGUUUGACGGUGCCGCUGCGCCUGCUCCAUCAGGUCCUGCGAUGGUGUCCUCGGCCACAUUGGCGCAUGCUGGUGCUUCGACGCUGCCGUCGACGCCGCGUGACAACCGUGCUGUCAGCGCACAGGCUCGCGGGGCAGGCCGAGGCGCCAUUGCAGGUGUCUUCGCCUCCGCCUUCGCCAGGAUCGACUUGCGCACGCAGAUGGAGCGGGUGCGACUGAGCUUCACCGUCGUUCCCUGCAGCAGGACCGGUGGCGCUGGCGCGGCUGCCAACCGCACGGUUACCAACGGUGCCGCUCAUGCCAACGCGGGCAAGCGACUGCGCGAGGAGGCUGGCGAGGCAGCUGACGACUCGGAGUCCGAAGCCUUCCUUGACUGCACGAUUGAUGUGACGGUGGUGGGGACAGUGUCACCCAUUGCGUAA